CAUGUCAAAUGUUUGUUUUCCUUCUUUUUUUCUGUCAUCUUUUUAUUAGCUUUACCUUUCACAGCCUACAGACUGAACUGUUUGAUAAAAUGGUUGCCAGAGCUAAAAUUAGAAAACAAGAGCUAAACAACAUCUCAGCCACUGGUUCAAUUUUAAAAUAAUUUUACACCAAAAUUUUCCUGGUGUCAGUGUACAAAAAAUGUUCAGAUUAUGCUGUUCCUUGUUUUCAAAUUGAGCUUCUGGGGUGAAAAGGGGCUCCACUUUGACCGUUUGACCUAUUUGUCAGGUGAGAGAUCCAGGGCCCUAUGGGCCUCUUGUUUCAGAAAUGAGUGAUGUAGGGUUAAUGAUAUAUAUGAUAAACAGUAUAGGUUAUAUUUCACUCAUUAGUUUUGUAUUCCACAAGUAUAUUAUAAAACUUAUUCAUAGUUACAGGUAAUGAAGAUGAUGGGCUUAUCAGACAGUGUACACUGGUGGGCGUGGUUUAUAACUGCCGCAGUACAGAUGACUGUUACCGUGGUAACGCUGACGUUGAUGUUAUACUAUGGAAGUGUACUAUCACAUAGUAAUCCAGUCAUAGUGUUUAUGUUCCUGGAAAUGUUUGCCCUGUCUUCUAUUGCUUUUUCGUUUUUAAUUGACAGUAUGUUCUCACGAGCUAAACUUGCUGCAGCAUGUGCGGGUAUAUUUUACUUUAUAACAUACACCAUACAUGUAUAUAGCCAUCAGAGAGGAUUUAACGCGGACCAGGAUACCAGCAUACAUUAAAACU